UUCCAGGAGAACGGAACAGAACAGAACAUUCGGUGUACAUGGCUGCUGCGUCAACAACCACUCUAACGAGUAAAAUUUUAUGUCGGUAUUUUGCGAAUAAUAUUUGUCGUGAAGGUUCUUCAUGUCCAUUUUCGCAUGAUCGUAACUCUAAACCGGAUCGAACGUGCCGUUACUAUCUGAUUGGAAAAUGUGCUUUUGGUACUUCUUGCAGGUAUGACCAUAAGCGACCGCCGUUGGAUGGAAUUAAGACAGUGAAAAGCUUUUCUCGUGUGACAGAAAAUUCUAACCCAACGAAAGUGGUUGAAAAUGGUUGCAGCAAUGAUGAAAUAGCAACGACAGCAGCAGCAGUAAACCGAAGCAGUCACGUGUUUUCCGUGGAUGCAGCCGAAUUUAUUCCUUCUUGGAAAAUUUCGGCAUUAAACGAAUAUAGUACUGUUGCUUCGGGGUCAUUUGGUUCGCUACCAUUAUGUCCGUAUUUCGAAACGGGAGAUUGUGAUAAAGGUGAUAAGUGCCAGUUCGUGCAUGGCGAUGUGUGCGAUCUUUGUAAUGUGCCAUGCUUACAUCCAACGGAUACAGAGCAGCGUGCACAGCAUCGACGGGAAUGCAUAGAUGCCCAUGAAGCUGCCAUGGAAGAAGCAUUUGCAGAAGCACGCUCGGCUGGUAAAGUGUGUGGUAUAUGUAUGGAAAACAUUAGGGAGAGGAAGAGCCGUUUUGGAAUUCUGGAAGGGUGCAGACACUGCUUUUGUCUAGAUUGUAUCCGGCAGUGGCGCCGAAAUCAGAAUGAUCAUUUCGAAAAGAAGACAGUUCGCAGUUGUCCUGAAUGUCGCACUCAUUCAGAUUUCGUCAUUCCCGCCACAUACUGGGUCGAGGAUCAAGCGGAUAAAGAUGACUUGAUUGCAAGAUUUCGUGAAAAUACAAAACAGAAGCAGUGCAAAUAUGUAAAAGAAGGAUAUAUCGACGAUUGUCCAUUUGGCAAUAAGUGUUUCUACAAACAUGAACUGCCGGAUGGCACUAUCGUGGAAGGCGACAGCCCACGGACUCUUCAAAGACGAAGACGUCCGUUAUAUUCCGAAGUAUGGUCAUUUUCUGAUUCAGACUCGGAAGAUGAUUUUUCGAGAAUUGCGCAGGGCAUUAUCAGCCGAGCCUUCAAUCUCGUGUAAAAUCUUUCAGGAUUUUUCCUGUCACUCAUACACUUCACACAUCUUUGGCAAUACUGGGCAUCAUUCUUCAGCAUCUAUAAAUAGGAAGCCACACAUAAGUUUACCGAAUUCAAGAAAGUGUUAUUCGUUGUCAUGAAGUUUUUGUUUGCUUCUUUACGUUCCUACUCUGUGGCAGACCAAGACCCCCUAUUUCUUCAUACCAGUUAUGUAAUUGAGUUCUGUUUCCGUUUCAUAUUCUGACUACUAGUGUGCUUAUUUUUCAUUGGAUUCUAUAUGAUGUUUCCAAUUACUAAUUUUUCGCCAAGAAUAACUUGAACAUAACUGUAGCAUCAUGAUGUAAUGUCUGUUGUAGGAGCUUUAAACUGAUUGUAUGCUGUGCUUAAAUUGUUAGGAUAUCGUCAAAUACCGGUAACCUAUAUUCCGGCUCAUUAUCUAUUCAUUUUAUUACUUGUGUCAAACUAAUACCCCAGUGUUUGUUAUUGGUUUCUAAUGAAGUGCUGUUCCAGUUAAAUCUGGUGUUCAUAUUUUCAGUUGGAAUGUUUCCUUUUGCGUCUUCACAUAAUUUUUGGUAGAGUCUUUCCCACUAAUAUUACUGGAUACCUAGUUUUGAAUGGAGAUAGCAACAAGUAAUGAUGAGCUCGAACAUGUUUCCAAAGGCUCCUAGCAAACUUAGAUUUUGCACUGCGUUUUAAUAAACUGCCA